AUGCUGACCGAAUUCGACGAAACAUGUGGAUGCAUCGGUCUUCAGCUGAAUCUACAAAAGACGAUGUUCAUGCGGAACGGAUGGAUCUCGGAUGCCCCAUUCACGCUCAACGGAACGAACAUAUCCGAAUGCACCAGCUAUGUUUAUCUGGGUCGGAAAUUGAACAUGAUGAACGACCUGACCCCCGAGCUGGGCAGGAGGAGACGAGCGGCUUGGGGAGCGAAAAAGAGCAUCGAGGAUAUAGUGAAGAAGACCAGGAACACCCGACUCCAUGCUCACCUCUUCAACACCACCGUACUUCCUGCUCUGACCUAUACUUCGGAAACCUGGGCAUUUCGCAAGCAGGAAGAAAACGCGGACUCUGGGAGCGAAUCAUUAGGAAAUGUGGGACAGCGUUUUCAACGAGAAAACGACUUCAAAAUACGACUGACCAACGAGGACUUUAUCUCAACAUUCCCCUACCAUUUUGUGAUUGAUCAGGACUGCAAACUUGUCCAAGUAGGAAGGGAAUUGUACAAUCACGUUCCUCGAGAUCUUCUGGCUCGUGGAACACCUUUGAUCCGAGUGUUUGAAGUCGCCCGUCCUCAAAUACCACUGGACUUCGAUUCAAUUUGUAACUUCAUAAAUGCCGUCUUUGUUCUGCAAGUGAAAACAACCCCAAUGGAGUUCCAAAGAAGUGUGAGCAAACGAAACAGCCAAACAAUGGAUGGAGUUGCCGGUGAUAGCGAUUACACUAGCGUGGACCACAUGGCUCGAAGUCAACACCUCAAACUGAAAGGGCAAAUGAUGCUUAUGGCAACAGGACGCCAUGUGAUGUAUCUUUGCUCACCGUAUGUUACUUCAAUCCCUGAGUUGCUGCAAUUUGGCAUGCGGCUUACAGCAAUGCCUCUCCAUGACGCUACGAGGGAUCUUAUUCUUCUAAACCAACAGCGUCUUAGCGAUGUGGAGAUGAACAUGCAGUUGGAGGCUAACAACGAACAGUUGGAGAGCAUGGCUAAGGACUUAGAAGUAGAAAAAAGCAAAACGGAUGCAUUACUCAGCGAAAUGCUACCAGCCACAGUAGCUCAUCAAUUAAAAAGUGGACUCAGUGUUGAUGCUCGUGAAUAUGAAUCAGCAACUGUUAUGUUCUCUGAUGUGCCUUCAUUUCAACAAAUUGUGCCUUACUGUCAACCAAAGGAUGUAGUUUACUUGUUAAACAACUUAUUUACACGAUUUGACCGACUAGUUGUUCUUCAGAAGGCGUACAAGGUUGAAACUGUUGGAGACAGUUAUAUGUCCGUGGGAGGAAUUCCUGAUAUCGUUGAUGAUCAUUGUGAAGUUAUUUGUCAUUUGGCGCUCGGGGAUGAUGACUUGUUCUGGAUGAGGCAUUUGAGAGGAUAUAUUGCAAAUGUUCUUACUUUCCAGGCUCUGACGAAGGCGACAACGCCGAAACCAUAUUCACUGCCUCAGUACCCUGCACACUGGGCCCUGGUGUCUCAGACGUUGGACGGUAUGGCGACCAGUGAGAGGCGAUCAAAUCUCAGGUUGCUGAGGACGUCAUUGAUUCUGGACCAAGGCGACACACGCACGACUCGCCAUGGAGACUGUCUCAGACUGUGUACUUACAACGUGGUUGCUCUGCAGGAGACCAAGUGCAGAAGGAGCGACGUACGACAGAUGAAUGACGGUACACUCGUCAUUCGUGGAGAGGAAGUUCCGUCGCGAAAUGUAGGCGGUGUUGGUUUUGUUGUGCACCCAUCUGUCGUCCAUCUCGUCGAUUCUCACGAGAUCCUGUCAACUCGUCUUGCCAUUCUUCGCCUCCGCCCUCUGCGCCAAAAAUCCAUCAGUAUCAUCAACUGCUAUUCACCAACAUCAGCAGCUGAUGAUUCCGAAUUGGAAGCGUUUUACGAGGAGCUGGAGGAAGUAGUCCGCAACGAGAAGUCCUUUUACAAAUUCGUUGUCAGAGACUUCAACGCAAAACUAGAAAAGGCCACAGAAGAGGAAUACAGGAUUGGAAGAUUUGGACUAGGGGACCGGAAUGAAAAUGGCAAUCGUCUCCCCGGACUGUUGUCAGCCGCUCGCCUCUUUCAUAAGAACUCUCUUUUCAUGAGGAAAGAUCAUCGUCGGUGGACAUGGGAAUCGCCCAAUGGCGCGACUCGUGCGGAAAUCGACCACAUACUCACCAACCGAAGGUGGUGUCUACUUGACGUCUCAGUAGCACCAUCCUUUUGUAGUGGUUCUGAUCACCGUCUCCUUCGUGCGAAAAUACGACUCAGCCACACGAUGGAAAAGAACAUCUGCUAUCGGCAACGAAGGAGAAAAGAAGUCUACGACGAUUGCGUACUCAAGGACUCCUUGUCCCAAGGUGACUGGCACAUCGAAGAGGACCCAGACGUGGACUACGAGAUGCUGUUCAGAGGACUACGAGCCUGUGCUGAGCGUGACUCGAAGCCGCGCACGACAAACUGGGAUCGAAUUUCGAAGAUCACCAAGGAAUUGUUGGGAAGAAGAAGAGCUUUGAGGCUUGAUCUGAAUGCAUCGCACAUUGAGCGGUUAGUAGCAAAUACUAGCUGCAGAAAAGCGUUGCAGGAGGAUCUUUUCAAAUACAGGCGGAAGAAGAUUCUGGAAGCAGCACAAAGAAGAACGGCUCUAAAGAAGAGCCGCAGGGAUCUCCGCGAAUAUAAUAUUCCGCUAGCAGCCUUGCUGAGCGAAGACGGGACUUGCACGUCUUCUCGUCGAGAGAUGGAAAUCAUUACGGAGAGGUUCUACUCGAACCUUUUCCGUUCAUCAACUCCUGUGUCAAGCCUGAUCAUCCCCACUGGUGAAGCUCCACCACGGAUUCUCCCUUCGGAAGUACGAGUCGCUAUCAAGAGCAUGAAGCCUGGCACAGCCCCCGGACCUGAUUUUAUAUCAGCAGACUUUCUUCGGGCUGGUGGCCAUUCGCAUCAUGUAAUCUUAGCAGCGCACAUGACAUCCCACCUUCAGAAAGAAAUCAUCCCAGACCAGUGGAAAACCUCGCGAACCGUUGUUAUCCAUAAGAAAGGUGACCGAGAGGAUCUUCGGAACUACCGUCCGAUAUGCUUGUUGAGCGUGUUAUACGAAGUAUUCACCAAGAUCAUCCUCACGCACAUAUCUAGGACGUUGGAUGAAGCCCAGCCUCAAGAACAAACUGGAUUCCGCCAAGGGUUCAGCUGCUUGGACCACAUCCAGACCGUGUCGAGGAUCAUAGAGGUUUGCCGGGAAUACCGCCUGCUCCUUGUUCUAACCUUCGUCGACUAUGAGAAAGCCUUUGACAGCGUAGAAACGAAUGCAAUACUGUCAGCGCUUGUCGAUGAAGGUGUGGACGCGUCGUAUGUGAGGACAUUAGCCAAUUGUUACGAUCGAUGCACGACUAGGAUACAGCUUUUCCACCGCCCUCUCACCAUACCCAUUGGAAAGGGGGCACGACAAGGCGAUAUUAUAUCGCCGAAGCUGUUCACGGCUGCAUUGCAAUGGAUAAUGAAAUCAUUUUCCUGGGAAGGAAGGGGCAUACGUGUUGAUGGAAGAUUUCUCUCGAACCUUCGUUUCGCGGACGACAUCUUUCUCUUUUUGAGCAGUACCAAUGAAGCAGAAACGAGCGUUGACGAGGUCCUUGAGCCGUAUCCAGCUGAGAGCUCAAGGACCUCGUCAACUUCACUCACAAAACUUGAGAACAUCUUGGAUGAGAAUGGCGAGGGAACGAAACGAGUGGAAGAAUUGCUGGGGCCCGCACGUCCAGUGAAGACGGGCCAUCUAAGUAUGCUAAUGGAAGCUCGAAACGUAACGGACCCAAUUUCUGGCAAACCCCUCUACAUAAGAGCUGGUAUUCAUACAGGUCCCGUUGUCGCUGGAGUGGUUGGAGCCAAAAUGCCAAGCACGCCGUCACGGCUCAACCUAAACCCAGCUGUAGAUUGA